AUGGCCGACCUUUUUUCCGAUGCUGCCGCGCCCGAACCCUCGGCGCUGACCGGCUUUGCCGGCAACCGGCUGCAGCGCUGGUCGGAAAAGCGCAGCGAGACAUCGGUGCCCGAGGCGUUGGCCGAUCCGCGCGCCCGGCUCUUGCUGGUCGGUGCGGGCCGCGCCGUGCUGCGGCCCAACGGAACAACGGCCGAUCCAUGGUUCGAUGUCGCUUCGGCGAACACGCUUGGCGCGGACACCGACGGGGCGGUGCUGCUGGGCUACGAGGAUGACGGCACGCCGGUUCUGGCGGCCUAUGCCGAUGUCGAGGCGCUGCCGGACGAUCUGAAGGCGAUCGAUUAUCGCUCGAUCUAUGUGCAGGGCCUGCUCGACGCGCCCGCGCUCGGCGCGCUGGCGCAGGGCGCCGCUCUGAUAUCCUGGCACGACACCCACCGCUUCUGUUCGCGAUGCGGCCAUAAGAGCGCGAUGGCCGAUGGCGGCUACAAACGCGUAUGCCCGCAAUGCGACGGCCAGCAUUUCCCGCGCACCGAUCCGGUGGUCAUCAUGCUGUCGGUGAGCGUAGACAAUCAGCGGUGCCUGCUCGGCCGCAGCCCGCAUUUUCCCGAGGGCAUGUAUUCGUGCCUUGCCGGCUUCGUCGAGCCUGGCGAGACGAUCGAGAACGCUGUGCGGCGAGAGACCGAAGAGGAAGCGGGCAUCACGAUCGGCCGCGUGGCCUAUCAUGCCAGCCAGCCAUGGCCGUUUCCGCAUACGCUGAUGAUCGGCUGCUAUUGCGAGGCUUUGACCGAGACGAUCCGCAUCGACGACGAACUCGAGGAUGCGCGCUGGUUCACGCGCGGUGAGGUUCGCAAAGUGCUGGACGGGCGUGGCGGGGACGACUUCAAAAUGCCGCCGCGCGGCGCCAUCGCGUCACUGCUCGUCCGCAACUGGGCCGCGGCCGGUUAG